AGGACCCCAACAUGCCCAGCAAGGCCAGUGACAGGCUCGGAGCCACCAGCUCAGGAUCCGGCUUCGGGCAGGACUGCACAAGGAAGCAGAUUGCUCCACCAGAGAAAGGCUUGCACUACGAAUUCCUGGAUAAUGUCAGGAGACCAGAUGGCCAGGCUGCAGUCAGCUGCAGGGUGGUCCACACGAGCGGUCCGCCAGAAUCUAUCCUUGCCUGUGCUGUUGAAGAAAGCAGGAUGUGCUGUCCGGACCGCAGGCUGUGUUCACUAGCCUCAGAGCAUCGCAGCACCUUGAAGUACACCGGGAAGACUUUCAUCCCAGGCAGCGUGGCUGGCUUUGUGCCCAGGACACCGCUGAUCAGCUGCCAGCCCCCUCCACACAACCCUCCCGGCUUCAGCCCUUACCAGAACUGUUUUCAGCAGCAGCAGCAGCAGCAUAGAGCCCAGACACACUACCAGCAGGCUCUGAACUCCCAGGCUGGAUAUCAUGCACCACGGCAGGUGAAUCACUUCCCCUACCCCCAGAUGACGCAGUCCCUCAUCUACCCUCCGUGCUUCGGCUUCCUGCCCAUGGUGCAGCCCUACCAGCAGGGCCCAGGCUCCAAGCCCCCCGGCAGCAACCCGGACCCAUCGGGCAUGGCAGGAGACGGGCCUCAGUACCUGUACCAACCCCCAUACAGAUACAGCUCCCCACACUCUAGAAACAUGUACAACCACAAUAACAGCAGCAGCAGCAGCAGCAGCAGCAGUCAGCCCUAUUUCACAAACAACACAAAUGGUAGGGUUUUCUUUCACUGUGUUUAGUUUGAGCUGCGUGGGGAAUCCUUUGCGUCGGGUUCUGAGGUCAUCAGAUCUGAGGUGAGCUUCGUCUUUUAUUGCCUCACUUCCUCUGUACUGUAAUUUCACCUCAGCAGUGUGCUCUGGCUGCAAGACAUGUCAGUCAUGGUGGGAAGUAGAUGACUGGGUGCUGACAGGAAAGAAGGCUCUGAAGGGCGGGGGAACUGACUAACAGAGAUUUCCAGAUAUCAUGUUUUAACAAUUGAGCACCAGUCCGUGGCAAUUAACUAGAUACUUCUUAAAGGCAAUUCCAAGUACGCCUACUUCUCACUUCUCAAACUGUAUCUAUAGAGAAGCUGCAGAGACUCACUGGGAUGAACUGUGAUCCUGACUCCCAGUCCCUAGUGCUCACGCUAGGCCACCUCCCACUGCAGUGCCAUCUGUUGGUGUGCGGCUGGGGGAUUCCACUGUGUUGACAAUGACUUUAAUAUCUUUUCUUCAUUUCCAGUUCCUCCGGGCUUCUCGACCGAUGGAUCGCACAUGGGGCCCAUGUAGCUGAGCACUGCGGAAAUUAGGACAAGCA